AAACAAACCAUUCCGAGUUUGACGUCUUCUGCGGAGAGUGGUGUUGUCAGCGAACGAACGCAAUUUUGCACGGUUCCCCUCUUCUUUUGUUAUCAAUAAAUACAGAGUGCUGUUUCCGUGAAAUAGUUGGCAAAGAGACACCCGUUGCACCGUUGCUGAGCAAGGGCUGGUGCAGGUAUAUUGCGCUUACAAUGCACCGUACCGGACUGGUUGCGCGAACGAGCUGAAAAGAGAGUGGUGGUGUGGGGGUGCGCAUCGCAAAACCAGUGCAACGCAAUAUAUCAACACAGGCCAGGCGGCCACAGGACGACAACACGACGGAAAAAGUGAAUGCACCGCAUGUGGUGCUGGUGCAGGGAAUUAAGGAGAGCAACAGAUUUAUCGUCGAAACAGGUAGCCAUUAUGGGUGGCGGUGGUGGGUGGUCGAUUCGCGACUGGAUUUGCUGUGCGGUGUGUCUGCUGACGGUCGUGUCCAUUCCACGGGCCGACUGUGGCCUUGACGAGGAACCGACGAAGGACGACCGACGGCGGUUAACGGCGGAAGCGUCCGAGCUGUCCGGCAUCGAGAACUGUCCCCGCAUGCUGCACUACGUGUUCGAAGGCUACGCACCAAUCGGCAACAAAGAUGCCGGCAACUUUACGGAAAACGCAAAGGCAACUACGCUGGAGGAGUGUGUGCGCGACUGCUGCCUGAAGGGGGCGAGCUGCCACACCGCGUUCAUGUUCAACCACACGUGCUACCACGUGAAGUGCAUCAGCAACGAUUUGUGCCUUCCGGCGAAGAAGGAAACGUCCUCCGCGCUGCGCAUGGUGCUGGUGAACCCGCUCGAGGACGGGCUGGCGGGCGAAGCGAGCAGCUGGUGGGAGGUGCUGAAGAAGGUGCAGGAAAAGCGGCUGCUAGCGAGUGGCGGGCCGGCCGCGGUAGCCGCGGCACCGGCCGUACGGCUGCCGGAAGACACGGACGGGGAGGACAAUCUGUUCGGCAAGCUGGCGGAAAUGUACAACCUGGCGAACGGCGGUGUCGCUAGGGCGCGCGGUGACGAGAAGUACGGACUGCCCGCGGUGGAGGACAUGUACCGCGGGCCGUACAAAUCGCUCGACUACGGUGCGCCGGGGGCCGGGUUUGAGAAGUACGCCAGCAACUACAUCCGCGACCAGUACGACGAGGAGGCGGAGGAGAGCAAGUACUACACCGAGACGAAGGCGCUCGGUUCGAUGCGCCCGUGCGAUGUGGCGCGCGAAGAUUCCUGCCUGCGGAACGAGGUGUGCGUGCGGGUGGUGCCGAACCUGCGGCACGGUAUCUGUACCUGCCCGGAAGGGUUCGAGCGCAACGAGAAGGAGGUGUGCCUGUCGAAGGACCAGCUGGCGGAGCAGCACCAGCAGCAAAUUGUUCCCCAGAUGCUAUCCGCACAGAAGCUAACGAUGGGCAAUGGCGAUACGGAUGGCGAUCUGCCGCCGUCACCGGUGCGUUCGAGCACGACGAAAGAGCUGACCGUUUCCGUCGCCUCGAAGGACGUGCGGCUGCCGACGAACGAGGCAACGCUGUCGGCGUACGUCAUACCGGACGAGAAGACGAGCGGGGACAGGUACAACUACCUGUGGACGCUGGUGUCGCAGCCGAAGGGGGACAGCAACAGCACGAUAGCGGACCAGACGAAAUCGAUCGCCAAGCUGUCCGGGCUGGCGGAGGGGCUGUACCAGUUCAAGGUGACGGUGAGCGGCCAGAACGGCUCGUACGGCGAAGCGUUCUUGAACAUUACCGUGCUGCCGGAGCAGAAGAUUAACAAACCACCGCACGCGGUCAUCACGCCCGCCAAUCAGCCCGUCCGGCUGCCCAACCACGAGGCGAUCCUGGACGGCAGUGCGUCCAGCGACGACGCCAAGAUCGUGCGCUGGCAGUGGGUGCUGGCACAGGGCCCGCUCGGCUAUCAGCCCGAGCUGCCCGAGGUGAGCACGCUCCAGCUGAAGGAUCUUACCAUUGCCGGCAACUACACGUUCAACCUGACGGUGGUGGACGAGCAGGGGCUGAGCAACAGCACCACGGCCAUCAUCCAGGUGCUGAAGGAGAUCGACUACCCGCCGGAAGCGAACGCGGGCAAGAACGAGAUCCUCUACCUGCCGAACAACAACGUCACGCUGAACGGGUCGCUGAGCAAGGACGAUAAUGGGAUCGUGGCGUGGGAGUGGACCAAGGUUAGCACGAACCAGUCGAAAGCGGUCGAUAUGCAAAACACGCGUACACCGUUUCUGCAGCUCUCCAACCUGGAGGAGGGUGUGUACGCGUUCGAGCUGAAGGUGACGGAUGCGAAGAACCAAAGCUCCACCUCGAUGGUGCACGUGUUUGUUAAGCCGCCCACCAACCGACCGCCGGUGGCGAAGGCGUGCACGAACGGAACGACGAUCUAUCUGCCCCAGACCUGGGCGGUGCUGAAUGGGAGCGAGUCUAGUGAUGAUAUUAAAAUUGUCGCCUAUAGUUGGCAGCAAAUUUCCGGCCCCAACACGGCGCUGAUUGAGAGUGCAAACGCGUCGAUAGCGAAUGCCACCGCGAUGACGAUAGGGGACUACGUGUUUGGGCUGACCGUGUCGGACGAGGCGAACAACAAUGCGAGCGAUCGGGUGCGCAUUACCGUGGUGCAGGAGAAGAACACACCCCCGGUGGCGAAUGCUGGGGGCGAUCAAACGGUUACACUGCCCACCAAUGUGCUGGUGCUGAACGGAAGCCAGUCGCGCGAUGAUCUGGGCAUUGUGCGGUACAGUUGGACGCGCGAACCGAGCAGUUUGGCACUGGGGACCAUCAUCGAUGGCAGUGAUAGCAAGCCGGCUUUGAUGUUAACAAACAUCGUUACCGGGCGGUACGUGUUUAAGCUGACCGUGUACGACGGGCAAGGACUGUCCGCCUCCGACACCGUGAGCAUCAUCGUUCGGCCCGAUCCGCUGCUGAUGAGCUUGGUAGAGGUAACGAUUACAACCGAAGCGACCGUGCUGACGGCGGCCGAGCUGGAUUCGAUCGAGCAAAAGCUUACCCUGCUGAUCGGUGACAAUAUGGCGAAAUUGCACGUGCGCGAGCUUAAGGUGGAGCCCCGAACGGGACAGGUGGUGAUUGUGUUUUACGUGGAGAAACAAUACGGCCUUGAGGAUAAAGACAAACCGCAGCUAAUGCCGGCGCUCGAGGUGGAGCGAAUAUUGAAGGAAAAGUUUUGGCGCGACUACACCAUACUGGGCACGUCGGUGGUCGGCAUACGGACCACCGUCUGCCAGAACGAUUGCUCCGGCCACGGUGUGUGCAAUGCGGAGACGCGAGAAUGCAUCUGCCAAAGCUUCUGGAUGCCGGACAUUUUCUACUUCUGGGGUAUUGCCGAGGCCAACUGUGAUUGGUCCAUACUGUACGUGAUUGUUGGUGUGCUGAUUGUGUUUUUCGUCCUGUCCGGCAUCUGCUGGGGUAUUACGUGCCUUUGCCGACGGUCGGCGAAACCGCGCGCGCGACCAAAGCCCCAAAAGUAUUCACUUUUGCAAACGCACGACGAGGAAUUGCCUUCAUUUAAUCGCGCGGGAACCACUAUUUCCGACAGCGAAACCGACUCGGACGUGCUGUUCGAGAGCCGCUCGCGACAGAACGGACUCUUGCCGGGACGGUCCGGCAACGGUGGGCUACCGAACGGCGAGCUACGAAACGGAGCCGGCGGUCACCCGAAGUACGGUGUAACGCGUCUAGGACGACGCAUCAAAGCUUAAACAGUAAGAUAGGCGACAAAAAAAAAAGAAACGAUAACAACUGUACCAGUGCCACCCCAGUGCUGGGGGAGGGGGAAGCAAAAGGGGAAGGGUGUGCAACCUUAACAACCGCGAGAGGAGGCGGAGCGUUAUAUGCAACUAGUCGGAAGAAAUUUCUUUACCAAAUACGUUCCUAAUGUGCUUGUAGAGAUUUUUUGAUGUACACGUGUAACGAUAUGAUUGAUUUAAUGCGCUUUGAGCAAAGAAAACACACAUCACAACGUUCUUUCCAUUCCAUUUCUUUAAACUAAUCGUUUAGAUACGCACUUUCUUCUUUUGCAUUCCUUUAUAAAACAUCUUGAUAUACUUUCCCUAACAAAAGAAAAUACCCCAAAAGCGCACUGAAGUUAUUAUGAAGAAGUAAGUUAUUAUUGUAACAACCAAUGUGAUUCAAAAGCCAUCGAAGUAAUGAACAGAAAUUGCUUGCUAAAAUUAGGCAAACCGUGCAAAAGAACGAUCGAACACUAAUGAGGCGAAAAACGGAGGAAGCCCGUUCCUUAUCGGUGGUGUAAAGUUUGCAUUUACGUACUAUUCGAUUCGAACAAGGUGCAUUUGACAUUAGUUCUACCAGUAGCCAUGGUAACCCCCGGGGGUGUCACGCCUGCCGGCACGUUGGAAGGUUUUGCUUAUGAGUGUUGUGUAAUGUUUUCGUUUAGAUGUUACCCUCCCAGCAUAAAAAUAUUCCGUACUACAUUCUACCAAUUAGCGAAAAAAGACGAACAAACAAAAAAACGCACAUAUUGUACGGCGAGAAAGGAGGAGAUAUAGAAAAGUAUUAAACAAGUAAGAAAUAACCACGCGUGUACCACCCGUACUGAAUCGGGGCUGUGAGCAAGGUGCGCAAAAUACGGUAAAAACAGAAGAGAAAUGAUCAAUGAUGAUGAUGAUGGCGACUGGGUGACUGGGUUGACUGGGGGAUGCUUUAAAAGCUUUAUGAGCAUUUGAGCAAGUAUCACUGAGCAGGCGGGGCAGAUCAGAGCAUCAGAGUAGGGCUCUUGCAAAGGGUAGGCGGCAGUAUUAAUGUUGCACUCGCCCGCAAGGGCACCCGAAGAACCAGGGCAUAAUGUACUUAUGAGCGCCACCGGAUUUCGUCUUUUCUGUCUGUGUAUGUGUGUGUCAUCUCGACGGAGAGUGUGGUGCGAUAGAGUGGAAAAUAUAUUCAGAAUACAAAGCGAAA